GUAAACUAUGUUAGAUGGCUAUUAUGGGUAUUAAACUCGAAAUUUCCAGAAAAAGAAGUAACUACAACCAAUUACAAUGCAUACCCUUAUCGCAAGGGCAACAGAAUAAACAUGCCACUGUUUGACACCAACUCUUUUGAUCCCCUCCAAAGCUAGAGGAAAAGAGUGAGUGAGUUCACCACAAACCACUGGCUUUGGUCUACGGUUGACACAACUCCUUGACUAAUUGGUCAAAAUAUCUUGUGACCACCAACUAGCAAGCACCAAAUUGGAUGUUCUAUCAGCUUCUCCACAUCCUAAAACAGUGAAUACUGAAUGCUGAGAGGCUUGCUGACUGCCCAAAAAAAAACCUUGACAAAAAGUUAGUGGGGUAACUAACUAGGAGUAAAUUCAAUAGUAGACCUUGAAAGAAACUUUAGCAAAGUCAUCAUAAAUGCUCUUCACGUCUCAUGUACUAUGUUAUGGAAUGGUCACAUUUCUCUUUACAUUAAAGCUAGUUCAUGUUAAAAAGUUGAGGCCAGUAAGAGUAGUUUCAACUUUCAAUAUAAUUCCACCUUCCCCCACACCCUUGCUGGCCCACUUCUGUACGGAACACCAAUCAGAAUCUUUAGUUCAUCUCAACACCAAAGCAUCUCCACUUAGUCACUUACUAGACUUCACAUAGGAGGAAAAGUAUGGAACUGGUGGUCCUCACACGGAUGGAAACUAACAAAUGGGAAGGGAAGAGAAGCAUUAAUGAAGCUGAAGAGGAAGAGGAUGACCAUGAAAGUGUUGAAGAGGACAGCAAAAGGAAAAGGGUAUUGACUCUCUCUGGUAGGAAGCUAGCUGGUGAAGGGUCGGCACAUCCUUCUUGCCAAGUCGAUCAGUGCACUGCAAAUAUGGCAGAUGCCAAGCCAUACCAUCGCCGCCACAAGGUGUGUGAGUUCCAUUCAAAGUCUCCAAUAGUACUUAUUAGUGAACUCCAGCAGCGAUUCUGUCAGCAAUGUAGCAGCUGCUUUCAGAUUCCCAAGUAUAGGAGUAUAUCAUUUUCUAAUGAGCAGGGGCAACUCAGAGCUUUUAAUGAGAAUUUUCAAUUGUUCGCAUGAUGAGGUGCAGAUUUCAUCUGUUAGCAGAGUUUGAUGGUGCUAAAAGGAGUUGCCGAAGGCGUUUGGCAGGUCACAAUGAGCGCCGCCGUAAAAUUACAAAUGACUCUCAUGGAGAAAGUUUGGGCUGAAGCAGCAUCAGCAUCAAUGGCAGCGAAAUAACCUACUUUCUGAAGCAAAUUACAUAAACAAGAUGUGGUUUAAGCAUGUUCUCUAUCUUCUGUCAAUUCCAGGAUUUGUAAGCAAAUUGUUAUCUGUGAACUUCAAGUAUCUAGCUAAUAGUACUUUCAUUUCCCUUAUGUAAAGGGAAGGACAAAAAGUAUAAACCGCUGGCACUGUCUGGUAGUAAUCGAAAAAUGAAAUAUUUGUAGUAUGAAUACAUAUCACAUGGUGCUCGAAAGUCUUACAUGUUGACAUUCCAACUCACUUUAUGAGGUUUUUGUUUAAA